AUGCACAUUUACACCUUGAAUCGAGAUUUUCAAAGUACUCUUAAAGCUACUGAACUAGAACAACAGUUCAACAUAACUUUAUUUCAUUUGUGGUUUCCUGUAUUGACAUUGGUGCUGUAUUUAUUCAAGUUGAUAAAGGGACAGAGUGCCCAAUUCACACCAUUCAAAUUUUUCAAAUCCCGUUCCACCUACGCAAUUCUAACGAUCAUCUUCUUGGCAUGCCUCCAUACUUCUACGCCACUUGAAGAUCCGACACUUCAAUUUUUGAACAACUGCCUCGAACUUUGGGCCGCACUUCAAAGCUUCAUAGUCUUAUCAGCUGUGCUUAUCCAGUUGAUUUUUCUUAUUGCAAAUCUCCCGAGCCUAUAUUUCUGCUGUAUGGAUGUAUUCCUUUGCCGGAAAAAAUCCACGUGGCUUUUUAUUGGAAUACUUCUGAUUUUGAGAUCAACAUUUUUCACGACAACUACUGUUGUGGAGAUUGACGGGAAGUUUGUGACCUUCGAUUUUUUGGAAGUUUUCCUAUACUUUUUCAAUGUUAUCCUUAUGAUUUGCCUUCUUAAAAGAUGGAAAAUGAAUUUAGUAGAGAAAUUCCCACAGAAUAUUACAAAGCAUAUGGACUAUACCCCUGUCAAUAUCUCAAUAUUUUUGAACUGCUUCGUAUCUAUUGCCUUCUAUGGACUUUUCCAGCUGCUCUCAUUCAUCUUGGCUCUAAUAACUUAUCAUCCAAAUCUGGAAACAUCUCCCCUCAAUUUAUAUCGAUCAAUAUUAAAUCUAUACUACAUGCCUUUUAUAUGGACUUGGGCUGUAACAAUCAGCUACUCAAAUCGUGUUCAGAAGUUAUUGGAAGAGUAUAAAAACGGUUUGGAAAUUGUGGAAAAUGACGUAGAAAUGCAAAUGGAGCCAGUUGCCGAGCCAAGUGCAAGUCGGCGAGGAUCAAUUGUCACUGAUCUCUCUAUUUUGGAGUUUGAUGGGAUUUGA